CAGGAUCACAUCUCUGUGGAAACGGCUUGGGAUCCACCGCAAACUGCUGCUGGAUUAUUUACUCACAUGCGACGCACACUGAAGAAGGGCUACCGACGUUUAUGGCGGGGCUGGUGCUGAGUAGGUUUACCGGGGCGACCUGUAUGUAGAUGUGAAUAUAACGGGCUGCUAUUCUGUGGUUUCAUGCCGGCUGUAUCUUCCACUGUUAGUGAUGCUUCUUGCAAAGAACAGACUACCCCAAGAUGCAUGUCAUGAACUGUGUCUCCUUGGCCAGUGAUAAGGAAAAUGGAGAAUGCAGCGUUGUUAUAACAGGGUUAAUGCUUGAUCAUCCACUGCCACCUCCUCCUCCCCCUCCACCCCCACCACCACUUCCCUUUCAAAAUCACCAUGGACCUCCACCUCCCCCUCCUUUACCUGGAGCUCCUCCACCACCCCCAUUCCUACAGAACGGGGGUCAUGGACAUGGACACAACAAUAAGAAGAAGAGAAUGCGAAGCUUCUUCUGGAAGACAAUUCCCGAGGAGCAGGUCAGAGGAAAAAACAAUAUUUGGACUAUGGUUGCUAGGCAACAUCAAUACCAAAUUGAUACAAAGACAAUUGAAGAACUGUUUGGUCAUCAGGAGGAAGCAAAACCAGGAGUUAUCAAAGGAAAGGGGAGUUCGAAGUCCUCUUUCCAUGAAUCCAAGGAAGAGGUCUCCAUAUUGGAUUCAAAAAGAAGCAUGAAUAUUGGAAUAUUUUUGAAACAGUUCAAAAAAUCAGCUGAACAGAUCAUCGAAGACCUUCGCAAGGGGCGAUGUGAUCUAUACGAGUCGGAGGCUCUGCAAGAGUUACUGAAGCUCUCUCCAGAGCCUGAAGAGGCAAAGAAACUUAAAUCAUUUAGUGGGGACAAAUCCAAACUGUCUCUGGCUGAUUCCUUUAUGUACUUGCUGAUUCAGAUGCCAAAUUACUCUCUACGGAUUGAGGCCAUGGUGCUGAAAAAAGAAUUUGCUCCUUGUUAUUCCUCACUGAGUAAAGAUAUGAUGCUCAUCAGACUUGCUACAAAGGAGCUAAUGUCCUGUGAGCAGCUACAUGCAAUCUUGUACUUGGUGCUCCAAGCAGGGAACGUUAUGAAUGCGGGGGGUUAUGCAGGAAACGCAGUUGGAUUUAAGUUGUCGUCAUUGCUCCGGCUAGCAGACACAAAGGCAAACAAGCCUGGGAUGAAUCUCUUACAUUUUGUAGCUCUGGAAGCCCAGAAGAAAGACGCUACGCUUCUAACAUUUUCUGAGAAACUGGAGCAUGUUAAUGAAGCAGCCAGGUUAUCCAUUGAUAAUAUUGACACAGAAUUCCAGUCUUUAUUAACAAAGACAAAAUCUCUAAAAGACCACCUUAAGAAAGACCAAGAACUCAUGCAGCAAACGGAAGACUUUCUCCAGAAUGCUGUGAAAGAGUUGAAGGAACUGGAGACAUGGAGAGCUGAGCUACAGAAACAGGGAACUGCCCUCAUUGAUUUCUUUUGUGAAGACAAAGAAACAAUGAAGCUUGAUGAAUGCUUCCAGAUAUUUAGGGAUUUCUGUGAAAAGUUUAACAAAGCUGUUAAGGAAAACAGAGAACGAGAAAUCCAAGACCUUCGACGGCAGAAGAGACUAAAAGAGCUGGAGCUGAAACGUCAUUCUUGGGUUGGUGGAGAGAAUGGAGGCUUUGGAAGAAGCAGCAGUGAAAAUGAUGUGGAACUUCUUAUGAAGAAUGGACUUGAAGACUUUAUGCAAAGGCCACAAAGCCCCUUUAACAGGACCUCCAGUUCAAGACGUUCCCGUCUCUCUCUUGGUGUUACAGCAGACAGAGAACUCCAAAUGUACUUGGAAGCGCCGCAAGAUGAGCAGACAAACAAGUGUAACAGUUUACCCCGAGCUCGUACUCGCCAACCAAGACCAGUAAUGGCUUGGAUGGAUUCUAAAGAGAAAAAAGAAAAGAGCCUAAAUAGUUUUCAUUUAAAUAAAAACCAUAAUGUGGAAACUCCUGCAUUAUUGAUAAAUUAUUUGGAAUAUGAGAAAGAAGCCCCCUUUGCUGACACUAAUAACAACCAAUGCGAGACGGAAGUUCAAAAACCUACUCCUUUAAGUCCUUUAACAGUAACCGUGGAAGAGCAUGGACUUAUAAAAGGAUUGCAACAAUUUGAUUUUAAGAGAAGCAUAAAUAUGGAAAGUGAAGAUGUAGGUGUUACAGACUUGGAAACUUCAGAAGACUUAAGCUUAUGUUCACUUAGCUUUGCAGAUGAUGUUACAAAAUCGCCCAAUAAGAUUACCAAAGACAAACCAGGGAACCCUAAAGGGACCUCAGAUGGAGGUAGUGGUAUGACCGAGGCACCCUCAAAUACUGCAAACACACCUCUAUCAGAAACAACAUGUGUUUCUGAUCAUGAAUAUCACAGACCACGAUUUUUUGUUACAGAUACUACUGACAACUCUUUAACUCUGGACUCCUCUGAAGGACAAGAUUCCAUUUGUGAAAAAGGAGAGACAAAAGAUUUGCCUUCAGAUGAUAACCAACAGCCAUUGGGUCAGAACAAAAAAAACAAUUUUGAUAAACAUGAUAAAACACAACAUGUAAAGAAAGGCAGCAUUUCUAAUACCACCAAACCUAAAGAAAAUUUUAGAAGAAGUAACUCUGUGAAAGAGAGAAGCAACAGCUCCUCAAAGGCAAUUGAUAGUCGUCCUAGUAACACUAGCCCAACAAAGCCUGUGCGUAUGUUGAAUGAUUCUGAGCAUGAGACCAUGAGAAAAGUUGUCCCCAUUUCUAAGUUCAGCAGACCUGGGAGUAUCAAACGAGCUGAUCUUAGAAGUUCUAUGCGUGAAACAAGUGUAAAUGAAAGUAAGCAGACACACCGCCAGUCACUCAGAGCAAAAACCGAUACCCUAUCUAAAAAUGACCACUUGCCAAAAAAUUCUCCUAAGAGCAGCACAUCUUCAGAAGACCCUAAGCUACAGAGAGGAGGAAGCUUAGUUUCCAAUGGAUCCCACUUCCAAAGAGACCAACCUCAGCGCAAGAGUUCUGUGAAGAAGCCAGCAGCAAAGCCUGUUAGAAAUAUUUCUAGGCCAAAGCCUGAUGAUACUAAAAUAUGCCGUACAACUCCUAAAGAAUCAAAUAAUCCAGAACCCAGUAAGACCUCACCAGCUACUAACCUCAAGACAUCAUCUUCUACACCAAGCUUUGCAAGGAACACUAUAGCUUCUUCUUCUCGACGUACAAAACAUGAUCCACCUUCUUCACCGUCAAAAACUUCUACAGCAAUAACUAGGUCUGGCUCGCUUCGACAGUCCAAAGGAAAGUCUGAAACCCUUACCAGGGAUGGGAUCCCCAAGGAAAAUGGCAGCAUGAACACAUCGAAGGGACAUGUUAGCAUGAGAGGAAGGGCAGCUGAGGCAGUGGGUAACUGCACACAGGAAUCUGCACAAAAAGACAAGAACGUAGUUGAGAAAUCCUCAAUGAAACUUAAAGACACAGGCAAAGCAACUUUGGGAAAAAUACUGAAACCUUUACUGAAAUGAAUGUUUUAGUUCGUGUGUUUGACAACCCCUCCUUGGGCGAAUGUAUGGUACAUUCUCUUGAUUAUCCUCAACCUUCCUCUCUGUGUAGAUUUUUCGUGACCUACAACCUGAGAGUACAACGUGAAGUACGUUGUGAUUGCAAGUGGCCUUGUAUAGGAACAUAGCUUUUUGUUUUUUCUUCUUGCAGCCACAUGAAGGAAUGUCCACUUUAAUGUUAUUACUGGUUGUAAAACUGUGAUCAUCAAAAACUCUUUAUCUGCAGUCCUCCAAGACUGGAAAACUUCGUUUCCCUAAAUGAUUUGGCUACAGGGGAAAAAAAACCAAUAAGCCUUUCAGCCUCCCGAAGGUGCAAGUUAAUCAGUGACAUUGUAUGGCUGGCUGCUUUCAACUAAUAAUGUAAUCGGUCACGAUGACAUGAAAAGAAAAAGGACUCUGCUGGGUGGAGUCUUAAGGUAGCUGAAUAUGUAUCUACAGCAAAAAGACUGGCACAGAUGUUUCUCCUAUCGCACAAGUUGGCGCGUCGUGUGAAGUGGAGGACUCAUUUUGUCAAUGCGUUCACUUGCAGAGUUGUCUACUUUUUAGAAUAUUAAAGUGCCACCUAUUUAUAGUUAAUAUCAAAUAUGUUACUUUUCUGUGUUGCAAGUCUGAAUUGUCAAGAGCACUUCAACCAUUCCAUGUUCCUUAGUGUGGUUGUCCUUCCUGUUGUUCAUAUGUGGAUUUUGCUGCUAGACAUCUUUUGUAUAAGCUUUGAUUGAAAGACAUCUAUAGAGAACUCAUUACCCAUCACCUAAUUGGUUUUUGAGUGGUACCAACUGCUUGUGAAUACUAAUCAUGUUCUGUAACUAAAUUUCCACUUCACAUGUUCUCCAGCAGUUCAAAGACUUCAUUGAGAAAUGAAUGCAUUAUAACCCCUGCACAAUAGGACAGCAUACCCUUUAAAAAACAGAGCAUUACGAUGUGAUAACCACAAAAUGUUUACAUGUACUUUGUAGAUCAUAAUUAGCUUUAGUGGGAUUUCGCAUCUUUAGACUGUCUCCAAAUAUUUUUUUUACAGAUAAUUAAAAUAAAUAUCCGAAAACCAUUACCUUUUGAGGUGAGGUGGCGGGUGGGCUGAAUGGAAGAAUUAUUUAUAAAUGCGCAAAACUGGAAAAAUUAUGUUAACAUUACAGCCGUGUUUGAAACAAUCCUUUUGGGCUUUCAUGUCUAAUCUAUAAGUGGAAAAUAUUUUUGGAUGUCAAUCUUUUACCCAUGAAUUACAUGCCAUAGAAAACACAUUCAACUGAUUCACCUGUAUCCAUUUGCCAAAUCCGUAAAUUCUGUGGCCGAAAAUAGCCUCAUUGAAAAGUAACUGACAAAGCCACGUUAUUGUAUUUGAAAAUCAACUGGAUCGGAUGUAUAGAGAUAACACAUUUCUUUAGGAAUUGAUAUAAAAAGUAAAUAGCCAUGACGCAUUGUACAAAGAAUGAUGGACAAUUCUAAACGAAACAUUGUUUGUAAAUGAGAACAUUUCCAUUUUACACCCAGAGGGGGAAAACCCAUCUUCGCAUAGAUGGGCAUGCCAAGCAUUGCCAUCUACCAAUGUUUUACAUGGCACUGAAUCACAUUUAACCCUUUUGAGUGUUAAGAGCAGCAUUCGUACGUGUUCUACAAUGCAAACUGACUUCUUUAUGCAAUGGGUAGACAAAUAAGUUGAUGGUGAAAUUCAAGCUCUUUAUGUGCAACUAAAAUAUACCCAAAACUUCUCAUUUUAGAUUUGUUUUGUUCUAGAUGCUAACCAGACCUAUAGAUAUUAAACUUAUUCCUCAGGAUACACUUGUAUCAAUGAUAGAAGUGCUGAUCCUGUUCCCACUUCCCAGCAUUUGGGUACGAAUAUCCUGAGGACCUUUGUGUUUGGCAUUUAAUGAUCUGCCUUAGAACCCUAGAACAUAAUUUAUUAAAAUUAGAUUUUUGCCAACAAUUGUGAUAAUUUCAGCAUCGUUUGCUACUAUAAGCAUUACAGUAUUUGCUUAGCACACGUGUUUGUGUGAUUGGCCUGCGGUGCACAUUACAACUCAGCGAGUGCAGAAGGUAAUGGUUAAAAAAAGUCCUACUCAGGAAUAAAAUAUAUCAAGCUGUUUGUACCUCUUGAUCUGUCAGUGUAAGCCUUUCAUUUUAUAACAUGUUUCGUAUUUUUCAAAACUGAAAGAUUGAAGAAAUAUAAUUUAAACCUGUAAAUUUUGUAAAGAAGGUACAGUGUACAUAAGAGAUGUAUUUAAUGGAUCAUUUACAUAUUUCAGAAUAACUUGUAGUUUGCUAAUAAAUUUCCAGGUUGCUGGCAUCAACUUUUA